AUGAGUUUUUCUACAACUUGUGAGUUUGAUCAUUCUAAUAAAACUUUGCAUCGUAAAUUCAAGAGUUUACAUUUAAAAAAACAUUAAGAUCCUCUUUUAACAGAUAAGCCAUUUGAAACAAGAACUCAUGGUCAUUAAUUUGAACAAAACUUCUCUCAUUAUCUCAAAGGAGAUCUAAAUGUCUCUAGAUUAAUACAAACUUUGAAUUGUCCAAGAUUAACAGCAGAGAAUUAACUUACUCACAAUGAAGGAAUAUCUAUAAAAAUACGUCAGUAAACAGAAUAGCGAAAGAACUUUUUAAAGAGUAAAAUUCUAAAAGUUAGAAAUCUAAUCAAGUAGAAAGUGGCAAUAAAGAAACCUCAUAAUGAAGAAAUGCGUUAAGGAAAUGCAUAAACUUUAACUAUAGUUUAAACCAUUUUAGAUAUAGCAAAUCAUAAGGAAAAUGCAAUAAGUUAUCAAGAGAAAUUAAUACCAAAAUCAAAGAGUUUAAAACAUUAUAGACUUAAUUAUGAUAAUGUAGAACCAAUCUGUAAAAUGUAAAGAGAUUUCAUUGACACAAUCCCUCCAAGAUUAUAUUUAAAAUCAGUAUUAGAAAAUAAUGCUUAAUUGUAUUUGUAAGAAUUGCAAUUAAGAGCAGAACAACGUGAAAAUAAUAUUAAUAAAUUAGUACGUUUAAGUAUCUAAAAUAAAAGAAAAGAUUUUACUUUGUUUCAUAAAGCAGCUAAAACAGACAGAAAAAAUUAAGAUGGCAUACUUACAAUUGGUGAUGUGCAACUCUACGAUUAUCUAUAUAAUAAUCCUAAAGGUGUUAUGAUUGAAAAACAUCCUAAAUAUAUACAAAAUGUAAUUGAUUCUGGAGUUGAUUUUCGUAAGAAUUUAACACGAAAACUUCUUGGAAAUGGCAAUAGACAUUAAAAAACUCAUUACAAUUAAGAUCCUCCUGAAAACUCUGAUGAUUCUUGUACAUCUUCUUUAUAAUCAGCUUGUGAAAUUAAAUUGGAUAAUUAUUAUGGAGAAACUAGAGAAUGGAAACGUAAACAAUACUUAUAAUUACCAAGACGUAUUAAACAAUUGAUAGCUUUGGAAGAAUUAAAUUAGUAAUUACUAUUUUAUCAUUUAGGAAAGCCAUCCGUACAACAGUUAAUAAGUUGUAAUCUUAAUGA